GGGCCAUGAGCAGCUGGGUGGAUCUGUUUUGGGGUGGUGGAAAUUUGUGUAGCCAAGAAAUCUUGAGUGGGAGUUGUCGAAGCUAUUCGUUGUGUGUUUUAUCUAUCGUUUUUUCCCCUUUUCUUAAGAGCACCAGACAUAGCCAUGCCUGGGAUAGAAAAGCUGCCGAUAGAGGAGACUCUGGAGGACAGCCCACAGACCCGCUCUCUGCUGGCUGUGUUUGAGGAGGACACUGCAGCCAUCUCUAACUACUGCAGUCAACUCUACCAAGCAAUGCACAGGAUCUAUGAUGCGCAGAAUGAGCUCAGUGCUGCCACACAUCUGACCUCCAGGCUGCUGAAAGAGUAUGACAAACAGCGUUUUCCUCUAGGGGGUGAUGAUGAGGUUAUGAGCUCCACACUGCAGCAGUUUGCAAAAGUUAUUGACGAGUUGAGUUCCUGUCACGCUGUCUUGUCCACUCAGCUUGCAGAUGCCAUGAUGUUUCCUAUCACUCAGUUCAAAGAGAGAGAUCUGAAAGAGAUCCUCACUCUUAAAGAAGUCUUCCAGAUCGCCAGUGAUGACCAUGACACCGCCAUUAAUCGUUACAGCCGAUUGUCCAAGAAGAGGGACAAUGACAGGGUGCGAGCAGAGGUUGUGGAGGACGUCUAUACCUCCCGCAAGAAACAGCACCAGACCAUGAUGCACUACUUCUGUUCACUGAACACACUACAGUACAAGAAAAAAACAGCUAUGCUGGAGCCACUGCUGGGCUACAUGCAGGCCCAGAUUAGUUUUUUCAAACUAGGAUCAGAAAAUCUCACCCAGCAGUGGGAGGAUUUCCUGGGAACCAUAGGAACCAGUGUCCAGAACGUACGACGUGAGAUGGAGGAGGAGGUGCGGCAGAUGCAGGACACCAUUCAGGAGAUGGAGAGAUCAUGUGACUCCAUAUACGCACCAUGUGACCCAGACCCUGCCCACUCACCAGUUUGUCGCAACCUGACCAGGAAACAGGGCUACCUAUACAUCCGCAAUAAGACCGGUCUGGUCUCAUCCUCCUGGGAACGUCAGUACUUUUUCACACAGGGCGGUAACCUGAUGCAGCAGGGCCGGGGCGAGGUGGCAGGAGGGCUGGUCACAGACCUGGACAACUGCUCCGUCAUGGCAGUGGACAGUGACGACCGACGCUUCUGCUUCCAGGUCACAUCGUUUGAUGGCAAGAAAGUAGUGACACUGCAGGCAGAGAGCAGAAAAGACUGUGAAGAGUGGAUCGCCACCAUUAACAACAUUUCCAAGAGAAUCUACUUAAGUGAGAAUGCAGAGGAGCUGGCAGCCAGAGUGAACCAAACAGCUAUUGAAGCCGUGACGCCAUCACCAUCCUUCCAGCAGAGACACGAGAGCAUGAGACCCAGCAGCAAAGGACACGUGGGCCGAACAAGCAGUAUUAGCUCUGUGGGGUCUGAUCCGUCGCCCGCACUCUCAGUACUCUCAUUGGACGCCCUGGUGGCCCCAGACACACCCAUCCAGUUUGACAUCAUUUCUCCUGUCAGUGAGGAAAACUCAGGACAGAGUAAAUCAUCUGCACAGAGUGGCAGAAGGAGUAAUCCAUUUGGAGAGGGAGGAGACAGCACCUCAGAAGAUGGUGAAGAGUCGAUCCUUCACCAGCUCUUCAUCGUACGUUUCCUGGGCUCCAUGGAAGUGAGGACUGCAGAGUCACCUGAUGUCAUCUCUGAGACCAUGAGACAGAUCCUGGCUGCCAGAGCCAUUCACAACAUCUUCAGGAUGACAGAGUCUCAUCUGUUGGUAACCUGUGACUGCCUCAAGCUUAUUGAUCCUCAAACACAAGUGACUCGACUCAGGUUUCCUCUGUCCACUGUUGUCCAGUGUUCGUCCCAUCAGGACAACAAGAGGCUCUUUGGUUUUGUUUUGCAGUCGACGGGUGGGCGUGGAGAUGGCCGGGCCGUCUGUUACAUUUUUGAAUCCAACAAUGAUGGAGAAAAGAUCUGUGACAGCAUCGGUCUGGCCAAGCAGAUAGCCUUCCACUCUGAGAUGGACCGUAAGGCUGUGGAGAAGAAGAAGGAGCAGGACAAAGCCAAAGAGAAACAGCAGGAAGAGCUCAGCAAACAAAGACAGAUAGAGAAGGAUCUGGAGGAGCAGAGCCGUUUAAUUGCUGCCUCAAGUCGUCCCGCCAACCCGUCCGCCUCCGAUGGGCAUGUCCUUGUUCUUAGCCACAGCCACUCCGAGGACAGCGAUGCUGGCGAUGAAGUAAAAAAGAGGGGAGAGUCUGACGCAUAACAACAUGUUUACCUCCCAGAGAAAUCUCAGCCCUCACUGUUGAAGCAACAGCUCAGGAAUCAGAGCAGAGGAGCAGCAGCCACCCGCUUCUGCUGCCUGGGAGUAGAAAACAAGUGCCCCACCCUCCACACUCAGCAAUUGGGGCUCCUGAAGUCAAACCUGACGUACCCUCACUGUCUCUUCAUGAACUUAAAUUCUUAAUAUCAGCUUUGCUCUAAAAUGAGACAGAAAUUUGGACAAAGACGCUUAUGCAAUGUUUUUUGCUACUUCAAAAUAAUUGGAGGAUAACUUGCCAUGAUUUGUUUUAAAAGUUUAUUUUAUAUUUAAAAAAGUAACAAUGAGAAGGGAAGGUACAAAAAUUAAAAGGGGCAGGUGGGGGUAAAAAAACUGCUUUUAAGGAAGAGCAGAAACCAUUGAGCAGAAAGACAGAAGCAGAUUGGGACAGUUUAGGACACUUUUGUCAGCGUGGAUCCCAAAAGGCACCAUCGCAUUUGACUGAAGGUUCAACCUGUUAUAAAGCUACUGGUUGUCAUUUCACUUAGCACUACCACUAAAAAAAUCAGAAUAAUCAGAUCAGAUUUAAUUCAUUUUUAUGCCUGUAGACCAGAUUAAUCCAGUUGAGUGACACACAAAAAUUAUAAGCCAUUGUGUUUCUUUUAAACAUUUGCCAAAUCUUUUAUUGGAGUGAGAUUGUUUUGCCAAAUUUGAUUUUAACUGUGAUUUUCCUCAAGUGAGUGAUAAAUCUGUGGUAGGCGUUUACUUGUGAAGAACUAGGAGUAUGAAGAAUCACGUUAUUAUUUAAAAUAUAUAUAUUGUUUUCAGCGUACAGCUUACAAUUACAUUCUCUCACUUUUGCAGUUUUUCCAAGAGUUGAAUGAUGAUUGCAUAUUUCAGCUUUUCAGUUUUUCCUGCUCAUUUUAUUCUCAUAGUUAACAUGCUUUAUGCAGAGCCAUGUUUCUGGACAGGUGGCCCUUUUAGUCAUCUGUGCCUAAUGUUCAGCUUUAUAUGGAAACUUUCCCAGAAGGUUAUCUGGGUUGUUUUUGCCAUGGAUUAUUUUUCGUUGUUCAUUUAUCCAAUUCUAUCCAGCAUCCAGCGCUGCGAUUGCUGAAAAAUAACUGAACAAAGCUCAGUUUGACGGUGACAAAUGUUACAUGUACAACAGUUGAAUGUCCUCAGCCAGCUGUGGGUGAAGAAAUCCCUGAAUCGGCCUAAAUCAACAGUUAUUAAUGGUGACUUUAAGACGAUUGUCUUUGUGGUUGUUGUCCUUUGGGACGCUGAUGUCUUGGUGUUACUGCAGGUAAAGGAGGUGGCAGAGGUUCCAGUGUCUUGAUGAACAAAAUGUUUUACAGGUCAAAUAAAACACUAACACCGCA